UGUAGUUAUCAAACGCAGCUGCAGCAGGUGCAGCGCGAGGCGCUGCCCCGCCGCCUUUGAAGUCAGAUCAGCUGGAGCUGACAGCUCGCGGGUUCGACUCCAGGACUGAUUCGCAUCAUUCCCCCCGUUUGUUUGUUUGUUUUUCUUUGGGACGAAGUUUAAAUUGAAAUGGCUUCGAGGAAACGAGGAGCCCACCGUGAUAACGGGCUGGGAGACGGUACCGGGUCCAGGAGUCCGGAGCGGUCCGACGGGAGACACAUCGCGGCUCUGGUUCUGGCCCGCGGCGGCAGCAAAGGGAUCCCGCUGAAAAACAUCAAGAUGCUGGCCGGGGUCCCGCUGCUCGGGUGGGUCCUGAGAGCUGCUGUGGACUCUCAGAUGUUCGACAGUGUUUGGGUGUCCACAGACCAUGACGAAAUCGAAAAAGUGGCAAAAUCCUGGGGGGCCAAAGUUCACCGUAGGAGCGCUCAAGUUUCAGAAGACGUCACAUCUUCAGUGAAAACCAUUCAGGAGUUCCUCAGCAAGAACAAGGAUGUGGACAUAGUUUGUCACAUCCAGGCCACGUCUCCGUGUCUCCACCCGUCCCACCUACAGGGCGCCCUGAAAAAGAUCUUGGAGGACGGCUACGACUCGGUUUUCUCAGUGGUCCGGAGGCACCAGUUUCGCUGGAAGGAAGUCAAGAAGGAUAGUGGUGAAAGUACCGAACCGUUCAAUAUUGACCCUUUGAAGCGUCCGCGGCGUCAGGACUGGGAUGGAGAGCUGUACGAGAAUGGCUCAUUCUACAUCUCCUCCAGGGACUUCAUCACGAAGACAGGGUCUUUGCAGGGCGGUAAGGUAGCCUACUAUGAGAUGGAGCCGGAGCACAGCGUGGAUAUUGACGUGGACAUUGACUGGCCAGUGGCGGAGCAGAGAAUUCUCAGGUACGGUUACUUCGGCCGGGGCGUGUCCCUGAUGUUCCUGAAGGUUUCUGGAUGUUUAACGGAUGGAAAAGUCCUUCUGUCUGGAUUUGGAGAGGACAGUGUGUCCGUCCACACCAGAGACACGACAGGAAUCAGGAUGCUGCAGAAAGACGACGUGGAGGUGGUUCUGCUGGUCUCUGGGGACGACCCGGUUCUGUCGUCGAUGACUGAGAAGCUGAAGAAUCUAACGGGCUGCGAGGUCAUGACAGUGGGAGAGGAACCGCUCAGCGAUGUCCAGGCGGUCGUGGAGAAGAAGAAGCUGGACUGGAAGGACGUGGCCUACAUGGGUUAAGCUAACUCUUUUAUAUUGUUGAUGAAACGGUCGGGAGGUUUGGAUCAUGGAACCAGGAACCAGAUCCUGGAUCUCAUGAGCAUCAUGGUGGUCCUCAAAGGGCCAGUUGAAAUUAACUUGGACUAAAAACACAAAACAUCACGUUCCUCAUUUCGUUGCUACAGCUGAACCUCACUAACAAUAACUGAGCUCCACCUGGUAUUUCCUGCAUAGAAACAGCGUUUUAACACAUCCUCUUAUA